GAAGGGUGGGGUGACGUCACGCGGGGCGACAGGCUCGCGCAGGCGAGACUGUGGCUGUAGUAGCAGCUGGGUGAAAAGUUUUCAUCUGUCCAACUUUUUCCCAAACUUUUCCCCUGUUUCUUUUCCAAUCCCCUGUCCUUCUGUUGUCCCUUCCCACGGACUGCCCCACAAUAAUCAGAAAAGUGGUAGAAACUGUCGCGUUUGCUGACGCUAACAUCAGCACCUCUUUUUUCCGUGAUUUGAACCCCCUCCCCGUUGUACCCCAGAUUACUGUGAUUACCCCAGUUUCCCGGUUCGUUUGGAUCGGAUUGUUUAGAAACUUGCUGUGGCCGAAUGGAGGCGAAGGAAUGCGAGCUGGUGAGACACUGAUCGCUUUGAACCAUUUUGUGAUUUUAAGUUCGGGGCCGCGCGUUUGGAUUUUGACUUUUGGGACUAGAUUGAAAACAUGGGAAACUGAAAAAAAAACGCAUUGCUGAACGUGUAAGAUCUGCGGUUAUCUAUCAGGAUUGUUACCGACUGAUUGAAACAGAGGGAAAACACGAUGUCUGGUGCAUCAGUGAAGGUGGCAGUGAGAGUGCGACCCUUUAACUCUCGGGAGAUUAAGCGGGACUCCAAGUGUGUUAUCCAGAUGCAAGGAAACUCCACAUGUAUUACGAAUCCAAAACAGCCCAAUGAGAAUCCAAAGAGUUUUACUUUUGAUUACUCCUACUGGUCACACACCACGCCUGAGGAUCCCAAUUUUGCCUCUCAGCGACAAGUUUAUAAGGAUAUUGGGGAAGAGAUGCUGCUACAUGCAUUUGAAGGGUACAAUAUCUGCAUUUUUGCCUAUGGACAGACUGGGGCUGGCAAAUCCUAUACCAUGAUGGGCAAGCAAGAGCAGGAGCAGCAGGGAAUCAUACCACAACUCUGUGAGGAUCUUUUCACAAGAAUCCGAGACAACAAGUGUGCAGAUCUGUCUUGCUCAGUGGAGGUGAGUUACAUGGAAAUUUACUGCGAGCGUGUGCGUGACCUCUUGAAUCCGAAAAGUAAGGGCAACCUGAGAGUUAGAGAACAUCCAAUUUUAGGACCUUAUGUUGAAGACCUAUCCAAGCUUGCCGUGACCUCUUUUGAGGACAUUGAAGACUUAAUGAAUCUAGGAAACAAAGCUAGAACUGUGGCUGCCACCAAUAUGAAUGAAACAAGUAGUCGUUCUCAUGCUGUAUUCACCAUCGUCUUCACCCAGAAACGUCACGAUGAAAUGACCAGUCUAGACACUGAGAAGGUCAGCAAGAUGAGUCUCGUUGACCUAGCUGGAAGUGAAAGAGCAGACUCUUCUGGGGCCAAGGGUGUGAGGUUAAAGGAAGGUGCCAAUAUUAACAAGUCCCUGACCACAUUGGGAAAGGUCAUUUCAGCUCUGGCAGAGAUGGGGGUAAUUCUCGAACAGCGAUGAUUGCGGCUCUUAGUCCAGCUGAUAUCAACUAUGAAGAAACGCUCAGUACACUCAGAUAUGCAGACCGUGCUAAGCAGAUCAAAUGUAAUGCUAUUAUAAAUGAAGACCCCAAUGCCCGACUUAUUCGGGAACUAAAGGAAGAGGUGGCCAGACUCCGUGAUCUGCUGUUCUGUCAGGGAACAUCUGGUGUAGUCCUUGAAAGUAUGAAAAUUAAUGAGAACAAAGAUGGCAGUCAACCCCAAGCUGCAAAUUUGAUCCCGAAAGUUACCAUGGAGACUUGCCCAGCGCUACUUCCUGUUACUAACGAUGCCCAGCAGGGACCAUAUGACAGGUCUGAAGAUGAGGUCAUCUGUCAGGAAGAAGCUAUUGAAAGACUUAAGGAAACUGAAAAAUUCAUUGCUGAGUUGAAUGAAACGUGGGAGGAGAAACUAAGGAAAACUGAAUCUAUUCGAAUGGAGAGGGAGGCAUUAUUGGCAGAGAUGGGAGUUGCUAUUCGGGAGGAUGGCGGUGGGCCUGUUGGAGUUUUUUCUCCCAAAAAGACACCACACUUGGUAAAUCUGAAUGAGGACCCCCUGAUGUCAGAAUGUCUGCUGUAUUACAUUAAGGAAGGGACUACUAGAGUUGGCCAGGUAGAUGUAGACAUCAAACUCACGGGACAGUUUAUCAAAGAAAAACAUUGUUCCUUUUGCAGCAGAACUAAUGAAAAUGGAGAAGUGGUUGUAACACUGGAGCCGUGCGAAGGAGCCGAGACAUAUGUCAAUGGAAAAUUGGUCACAGAAUCCAUGGUGCUUAAAUCUGGUAACAGGAUUGUGAUGGGCAAGAACCAUGUCUUCCGCUUUAAUCACCCUGAACAGGCACGGCUGGAGAGAGAGCGUAGUAUAAACCAGGAACCCCAGGUGGAAGCCAUGGACUGGAACUUUGCACAGAAAGAGUUGCUGGAGAAACAAGGAAUUGAUAUCAAACUGGAGAUGCAGAAACGGUUGCAAGACCUUGAGAAUCAGUACAAGAAGGAGAAAGAAGAAGCGGAUCUCUUGUUGGAACAGCAAAGGCUGUAUGCAGACUCUGAUAGCGGUGAUGAUUCUGAUAGACGCUCUUGUGAGGAGAGCUGGCGCCUUAUUUCUUCCCUACGAGAAAAGCUGCCAGCAAACAAAGUGCAGUGCAUCGUGAAGAAGUGCGGCCUUCCAAGCAGUGGCAAGAAACGGGAGCCCAUUCGGGUAUAUCAAAUCCCACAGCGCCGCCGCAUCAGCAAAGAUCCAAAAUGGGUAACUAUGGCUGACUUGAAGAUGCAGGCUGUGAAAGAGAUCUGUUAUGAAGUAGCUCUCAAUGAUUUUAAACACACCAAGCAGGAGAUUGAAGCCAUGUCUAUUGUUAAGAUGAAGGAAUUAUGCCGAAUGUAUGUAAAGAAGGACCCCAAUGAGAAAGAAACCUGGCGAGUAGUUGCUAGAGAUGUCUGGGACACUGUUGGAGUUGAGGAAGAGAAAGGAAGUGGCAGUGAGAAGAACCAUGGAGAUGUUGAUGGCCUGCGGGCCCACAUUGACAAGUUGACUGAUAUUCUGCAGGAGGUGAAGAUACAGAACAACAUGAAGGAUGAGGAGAUCAAAGCUCUUAGGGACCGCAUGUUAAAAAUGGAGAGGAUUAUUCCAUGCAUCAACAGCCAGGAAAAUGAAAUUGGAGAAGAAAUGGAACAGAAUGAUGUGUUAGAGAGAGAGGAUAUGGAUAAUGCAGACUUGUAUGAAGCCAAAGAAAAUCAUGACCUCGGUAAGCAAGAACGGGUUGCUCGGCUGAUGGAAGAGGACCCAGCUUUCAGGAGGGGGCGUCUUCGCUGGCUCAAGCAGGAACAGACUCGCUUGAAAAACCUGCAGCAGCAACAAAUAGCCAAGUGUUUACGGAAGCACACUGGAACUGGUCGAUUUGUGCCCCCACUUGAUUGCAAGCUUCGCUUCCCUUUUAAAAGUAAUCCGCAACAUCGCUACUCAUGGGGACCCAAUAGUGCUUUCAUGAUUAACACUGAGGGUAGUACUGAGGCUUCUGAAGAGGAAAUACAGCCUUCUGUUGUAGUUGAGCGCAAGAGUUCCCAAGAAAUCAUGGCAACAGAGGAGAUGGAGGAGACUCCUGUGCCAGCCUAUAACCCUAGGAGAAGUUGGCACAACAGCAGCCCUGUUCUGCAGCAUAGACAUAAUAACCAAGGGAAUUGGCAGCACCAUGACAACCAUCACAGAUAUAGAAGGAACUCCUUUGAUAAUGCAAGUAGCAACCGACCCAAGUAUUUUCAGCAGUCAUACACCUCCCCAGAGAGGGAAUAUGCUACUCAAGAAUAUUAUCAGUACCGUAAAAAGAACUACCAAAACAGUUACCAGUACCAGAACCCUCAAUUUUAUCAGCAACAGAGACCAAACCACUACCAUAACCAUCACCAAAAUCGUUCCCGAGCUGAUGGAGACUUUGCCAAUUUCCAGCCACCUAAUCAACAGGAAAGACAGUAUAAAUACCAGCCUUAUAUAACCCCACCACGGAUGAGACGUCAGUUCUCAGCUCCUGACCUGAAGAAUAGGGAAACUCCUAUUUAAAAACAUGUACACUGUUGUAUUGUUGUGGAAACUAAGCAAUUGGACUUCAAAAAAAAAUGCAGUUGGUCAGAGGAAUGUGAGUAAUUGUUAAGGGAGAGAGGUUUAUCCCCAGUACAGCGGUCAGCUUUUAUGUUCAAAAGUUGUAGUAUCCCAUAUAUCUGUAUUAUUGCCAGACUAUGUUAUUUUCUUACACAGAAAACCAAAGUUUUACAUUGAAGUGCUUGCAUGCAUCUAUGCAUGUGAACAUUCUGUUAUGGCCAACAGAAGUUUAGUCAUUAGUAAGUCAACUUAAUAUUGCCUUAUAUCUCUGCCACCAAAUCUGGAAGUGCAUUAAAAAUGUACUUGAUCAUUAAUCUUCAUUCUUUCUGUCCGUAUUAAAUUCCCCUUAAUGAGGGUGGUUGUUAGCAUUUGCAGAUACAUCAGUUGUUACUGUUUCUUGGAAGACAUGUAAACUUGAAACUGAACACCCUCCUAGUUUAUCUAUGCGUGGCAUGUUUUUGUUUUUAGAAGAGAGAUAGGUUGGUGUCUUUCAGUAUAUGCUGUCAUCAUGUUGAUGUGCUUUCCAUUCCUGAGUCACAUUGAAAACCAGCAGCUUAUAUUUCUGCAUGAAGCUUAAACUGGUUUGACUUGUGUAGCACCAUUUCUGUGCAGUAUAUACCUUUAUUAAAAUAGCAGUGAUUGUACAUUCUUUUCCUGAGAAAGUAAGUGCAUUUUUGCACAGUGUGACUUGUCCACUCCUUGCAGACUACAUUAGCCAGUUACCCUUCUUUUGCAGGUUUAUCCAUAGUUGUCAGUAUUGUCCUUUUAUAAGUCAGAUUAAGAAUCAGUAAAAAUGAUGGAUACAGUUGCUAGGUUUGUGUAUCUAUAAUGAGGAAGCAAACCUAGCUAUUGCUGCAGGCUGCUGCUGUGUGGCAACGAAACAUUUGACUUGCUUAUGUUGUAUUUGAAAUGUAGUUUCCACCCUCUCUUACAAAGAUGCAGUUUGGGACAAGUUUUUAGUGCAAUAAGGGUUGUUGUGCAGUCCUACUGUUUUUAACUAUUUUUUUAAAGAGGUUGUUUGGAAGUUUGGUGUGGUACUGUAUUUUAUGAAGCUUUUAAGAAGUUAAAGGAUCUGACCCCUCCCACUUGAAACUGAACUGAGAUGCGUUUUACUCCUCUCUUUUUUUUUUCUCUUCCCCCUAAAGGACAAUCCAGUUUUCUUUCUUCAUUGAAUGAUGGUGCUUUGGUUUCUCUGUGAGGGGGUGGUAACAUUUAUGUCCUUUAUUCUACAAAGGCACCUUCCUACCUAUGGGCCAUUGCACUGUCUUCUAUUUUGAAAGCUGCUUUGUAGAUUUUACUUUCAUUACAAGACACUGUGGGAGUGGGUGGAGCACUAAGAGUGCAAAACCUGAGUUUUAUUGCUGUUCUUGUUUAAUUUUUAACAGAGGCUUGAAGUUUCCAGGUGACUUUUGUACAAAGCACUUUUCUGCAUUUAUGGUUGCACUUGACAUAUGUGGCUUUAUCUGUAUUCCUUGCAGAUGCUGAAGUGAAAUGAUUUCACCAUGUAGAAUUUUCAAAUGCAGUAGUGUACAGCAAAAGUGUAAAGUUGUUCGUAAUUGUAGAUUUGUAUCCCAAUUAGUGUCUGAAAUUACCUUGAUCAAUUUCAUUUUUAAAGUAAUGCCUCAUGACUUUACAACAUGAUAGCAUUGCAUUACAUUGUAGAGCAACAUACUGUCAUCUUGUCAUUUAAAAAAACAUGGUGUUUUAGCACCAGAGUUAUUGACAGAAUGCUGGAGUUGAUAUGUUCAUGGGAUUGAAAAAUACCAUUUUUGAAAUUUUUUUCAGAGUAUGAAAGUGAAUCUAGUUACAUGACACUCAGCUUCUUUAUAGAUGGACGUAGUGUUGAGAUGAAGUAGUAGAAGGGAACUGGGUGUGUGGGCAGAACCACAGUGGAAGAGGUUGUGUAGACUUGUACAUAGGAAGGUGAAGCGGGCAAGUCCGGCAAGGUGUGGAUAAUCAAGUGCUGUGUUAAGUGAAAAAGGAAUGAGUUGGACUGCAAGUGUGAAGAGUUGAGAGAUUGUGUCAAAGGAGAGUACUUGUAACAUGUUAGAGAAAGCAGCCAAUGGUUAAGAGGGAUUUUUUUUCUUAACCUUCUUGGUAAAAGGUAUUCACAAAUUAAGGGCAUACAAAGAUUGAUAGUAAAAUGCUGCCAUUUGUAACUUGUUAGAAUGCAUUCUUACUGCCAUAGUAAUUCAAACUACACAUUCUGGUACUUAAAUACUUAAAAUUAAUUUGUAUUUACCCACUGAUCAUCAAGAUUCUGCACCAGUUACUGUUAGUGUCUGUCCUUCCAUGCUCAACAGGUAGAUGUGUAUAUUUUUGUCAGCCUCCUACCCAGUUGCUGUGUACGAUUACCAGAGCAAACAGUGAUAGAUGGCAAGUAGACGUGGUUGGAUGAUUCUGUAAAAUCCUACAUGAUCACAAACAAUCCUGAAGCAGUUUUUAAAAACAGUGUUAUGUUCCACAGGAUUAAGGAAUGGUAGAGUGUAGUCAUGUUUUCCCCCUUGAGAGUUCAUGGCUUUUUAUGCUUUUUGCCAGUUGAAAAGGUAAUCCACACCAUGUUGGCAUACCUAAAGAAACUGUGCAUAACAAAGGUACUGUAAACAGCCAGAAGCCGUUGAUAGACUGCAUUGUAUGUAUGUGUUCCAUUACAGUGGUUAUUGUAGUUCAAGAAAAAUUGUUCUGUGCGGGUUAAUGCCACCGUUUAGCACAUAAAGUUUUAGAUGAAAGGUUACAUUUCCAGGGAAGUAACAAACCAUGAAGUGAUCUUUAUUUUUUUGGUUAAGAGAAGUUGGGAAGAUGAUCCAGAAACUGGGCUGUCAUAAGUGGCUUAUUUAACAGGCCUGUAAUGAAAUUGGCAUGAAUUAACAAACUGUUACAUGUUUGGGGAAAGCUGUUAAGAUCAUUGUAAUUAAUGAAUUUUUGUAGAUUGUAUAGAAUAAUAGAAUUUUACCCAAGAUAUUUUCAAGAGUCACAUGAAGGAAGUGGUUAAAUAUAUUUUAGUUGUGUGUGGUGAUUAAUGCACAUUGGUAAAUGACUUCCAGCAUAUUGCAGACUGGAAAUUUUCCAGCAGAAAUCACUACCUGUACUUCAUCAGUACUACUUGGGUCAGUGUCAUUGUUGCAACUUUAAGCACUUUUGUGUGCACUCUCUGGGUGGCUCACCUUUCAUUAUUCGGAAUAAAAAAAGAGCAUUGUUUUAUUUUUCUGGGCCUUUUAGGUCUAGUGACUUAUUAGUUACCUGGAAACUUCAGAGCUUGUUUAAACUGUUAACAGAAGUAUAAUUGACAGUUAUUUUGCUGAGAACAUGCCACUGUACUUCACCAGCCACACCUUUGUUAGUGUACGUGCAUGCAAUGAUUUUUGUUUUAUGUUUGAAGUAUUGAUGAUGAUGAAUAUCUUGCUUUGUUUUAUAAAUAACACAAAUGCAGUAAGGUUUCUUUAACUGUUGUAGCAGUGUUUCAAUAGCUACAUUGAAAAGUAGUAGUAAAGCUGACUGAAAACCUGGGACUUGAACCCUAAGCAGGGUUGAAUUCACGAAGGGUGGAGGGCCACAAACUGCUUUUUCUAUGAAGGGACUGACAACAGCUUAAUGUCCAGCAUGUUCACUGCAGACCAGUGGAGGUUUUCAAACUCCACUGUCUUCAUGCCUUAAGUAUGUAAGGAAGAAGCCAGAGUAAAAUAGGGUUUGCUUUACCGUUAAGCUCAUUUCCUAGUCUCAUGAUUACUAAUGCUUGAUUCAGUUGCAUUUGUAAUUUAAUUUUUUUGCCACCAGCAGUUGUGAUCUGUGGGAAAUCAAAACGUAGUGUGCACCAUCUGAUGGGUGUUGCUUUUAUUAGGUGUGGGGCCACAUAUCAGAUGAUGGUUCUCUGGACUGUGGAUGUGCGACAUAUAAUGGAUGCGAGAGUCUCAGCACUUGGGUGGUAUAAACAUGGGCCAAAAAAAUUACAAUGUUUAAAAGAAAACAUCAUCCUGUUCAUUUCAGAUCACAAUUGAGGGUUCAUGUCCCAGUGUUUCCCACUGUAUGGGGGCACAGUACAUUGCCAUUCCGUAUCCUUGAAAAUGCGUGCUGGUUCCCCUUGACAGUGACUGCAGAUAUUUGCUGUUAAGCAUGUAUGCUUAACUGCUGUGCAGGUUGCAUUUUUUUAAAACAAUCUGCUGCUCUUGAUGGUGUGAUUUCUACAUUAGAGAAAAUUUGUAUCUUUUAGACAGAUUAACUUUUGUAGUAUGCAUUUUGUUUCACAGCAGCUCAUGCCUCUGUGUGGGAGUUUGUUGUUUAAAGACACUCUUUUUGCAUUUAUUUUUCUUUUUGUUGAGAAACACUUAUAACUGUAAAACAAGCCCAUAUCUUAUCUGUUAGUAUUAAGGUGAGUGGGUGUGGCUUCAGGCAUUGAUCUUGUAAGCUAGUCAGUCAUAUGGAGCUUUUAAAGGGAGAAAAAGUGCAGUACUAGUCUAGAUGUUUGUCAGGGCCGGGAUAAGUUCUGCCACAUACGAAUUAACACACCUCAGCACUUGAAGCAGCUUAUGUGGACCACUGCCAGACAGCACUCUCUUCUGAUACUUUGUCUGCCACCUGUGAUUUCAGUGUAGUAGUCUGUAGAUUUUCAUCAUUCUAUAGCAGGUGUGUGUGUCGUCAUUAGCCCUGAUGAUAGAUAUCCUGCAAGCCGCUGCACUGUAUUAUUUUAGUUGGAAUCUGUGGCAUUGAUUCACACAGCUGUCUUGAGCUUUCCUUAUGAAUUGUGCAUGCAAAAAUGUCUUUUUCUGUUGUAUUAAUCUCUUUGGAUUAUAUGUAUGGGUGUUGCUUGAUCUUUGAAAAAAAAUAGUAGUCAUGGGUUGUUUGUGUUUUCUUUCAGAUUUUUAUUUCUUUUUGCUUGGAAUUCCACACAGUGUAAUGUUGUGUCUGUUUCUGUUCUCAAACUGGUUGACUGUUGACAGCUAAAAGUCACUUGCUUGAAAGCCUUUUGUAUGAUCCUGACAUUUAGUUAAAUGAAGAAGUGAAUGCCUCCUGUGUCUCGUGUCAGGCAAGUGGAUUUUACUCAUUGUGAUUCAGCCAGAUGUUUGCCAUUUUUUUCAAGGAACAGACAUAUAAUCAUAGUAUUUUCUUUAAAAAGCUGUCCCUUAUAGGGAUCUGGAAUUGCAGUGGGGAGAACACCCCCUGUAUUUGGAUGUUUAAGCAAGUGGCAAAUAGAAAUGUUGACGACUUGGAGGAGGAAGUGGAUAUUGAAGUUAUGAGAGCCAGUGUAAAGGGCUGUUGAAGUCAAGUGUGCCACAGAGAUUUUAUAAUACUUGAAAACAGCGAAAUGAAAUAAAAAAAUCAAAUUCA